UAUCCUGACAGCGGAAAAACUCAAUAUUCUUUCAAUGACUUAUGAUAUAUGUUCCGGAAAUGUGCUUUACGUAUUUUGUUUAUGUGCACACCAGGAAGCUUACAACAGAGAGCUCUUUGUAGUGUGAAAGCGAAUGUUGUCUCAUCGCCAUGGAAAAUGGUGAACAGCAGGAGGUUUACAGGAAGUUUAUUGAACAAUUUUGUGCAAAAAUUAAUAAUUUAACACCAGAAGAACAAGAAGCACCUUUUAGACUAACUUCCUUGUACUUAGUACCUUCCGAGGUUGAGGCCGAAUGUCUGGAAUGGAUACGACGCUAUCUUUCACUCAACGACUGCCCCAGUGGAUUGUUAUCCCAGCUGACGAGGGCUAUUUUUACAAACUUUGAUGACUGUGUCCAGCUGUCUGAAUACUACACCCAGGCUUUUGAUAUUAGCUCCAAUAAUCAAGAUGCCAGUGAUAACAGUCAAGACAGCUCAGAAGAUGAUAUCGUUGGCAACAUUCGACCUCCACAGUUGGAUGCAAAUAAAUUGUUGGAUGCAGUGAUCUCCCAUGUCCAUGCAACAGUGAAAGAAUGGAACACAAAGCCCCCAGUCAUGCUACCCUCCUCCUGUAAGCUCCAUGUUUUCUCCCAUGCCAUUAAAAAUACACGGCGCAAGAUGGAGGAUAAACAUGUUGUCAUCACUGACCUGAACGUACUUUAUGAUUUAAAGGAUCAUCCCCCGCAGUCUUACUUUGCCGUGUUUGAUGGCCACGGAGGGCUUGAUGCUGCCGUCUAUGCAGCCACCCACUUACACGCACAUCUCUUGGCCGACAAGUUGUUUCUCACUGACCCGGCCGCUGCCAUGAAGCAGGCGUACAAAACUACAGACAUCAAAUUUUUGGAAAAGUCAAAAAGAGAGAAUUUGAGGAGUGGAACAACUGGUAUCUCUGUAUUGUUACGUGGGUCUGAGAUGCUGAUUGGCUGGUUGGGAGACUCUCAAGCUUUGUUGGUUAGGUCAGGCGAACCAGUCCAAAUCAUGGUCCCCCACAAGCCUGAGAGGGAGGAUGAAAAAAGACGAAUAGAAGAUUUAGGCGGGUGUGUUCUCUUCAGUGGUACUUGGCGAGUCAAUGGCCACAUGUCUGUGUCAAGAGCAAUAGGUGAUAUCAGCCAGAAGCCGUUUAUAUCCAGUGAUGCGGAUGUGACCAGCCUGCAGCUGACAGGGGAUGAGGAGUACCUGGUGAUUGCUUGUGAUGGCCUCUGGGACGUCCUCACUCCACAUCAGGUCACAGAGAUUGUUUACAAACAUUCCUUGACCAGUCUGGACAACGUGGCUGUUGGACUGGUCAAUGCUGCAAGAGACUCCGGCUCCUCAGACAACAUCUCAGUCAUCGUGGUCAUGUUCCAGACAGCCCUGUGUCAGCCCAGGACAGCCACGGACGGGGCCACCCUACUCGGCCUCUCCUCCGAGAGCUCACUAUCAUCUAGUUCAUUCCCUAAAGCCCAGCCACUGGGCGAGAUAACUAGAAACAGCAAAAGUGGACCAAAAGACAAUUCUGUAGGCAGCAUUCAGUAUGUGCAGACAAUGCACGUGACACUGCGGCAGCCAAUUGGUUGACGUGUACUGGAUUUUACGCUACCUCAUGUCGCUAUGGUGCCAUAAGGAAAAUUGUUGCAUGCGCUGAAAGGUUGUGGACAGUCACCGUCCGGUUUUAUCUUGUAUCACAAAUUGUUAUCCCUGCCCUCACAAGCAUCGACUAUUUAAAUUUGAGCAGUAUUUUUUUUUUACCCUUGAUGUAUAUUGAUCUCUGUGUUGGGCAUAACUGUUCACAUGGCAAGUUUUAAAGGGUUGAUUGUCGUCUUAUCAUCAGGUUUGUCUAUUUGAGCACCCAGCUUUGGCUAACGGCAUUGCUUCUUUAUUACAUAUCAUAUAUCAAAUAUUUUUAGUCUUCAAACAUUUUAUAACUGUGAAACAUACAUUUUAUUAUCAAUUUUUUAAUUUUUAUUUAGUUGACGUGCAAUGAUAAAUUAUCAUAUUUUACAACUAAGUAAAAAUUAGAUCUGUGCUGUAUACCAAUUAAGAUUUAGUUCAGAGUAAAUUUUAAACAUAGUUUUACUGAAUUUUUUUGUUGUUGAGUUCAUUAGUUUUUGUUAUUGAUAUAUUUAUUAAAAUGUUUAGCUAGUUUUAAUGCCUGAAUUUACAAAUGAUAUUUCUUCUAGGGCAUUGCUGUUCAUAAUUGUUACAUUUAGGUAGCACUGAGACUAAAAGCCUUGUUUAAAUUUCAUGAAACUUUAUGUUAAAUUUUUAUUCAGUUUUUAUUUACCUUACCUUGGUCGUUAUGAAAUUGGUAAAAACUUGUGUUCACGUUAUUGACCAUAGCAAAUAUUUAUAUUAAUACCACAUACAACUGUAACCACAUAUGAAUUGGUGCUACUGAUAUCUCCACCAUUGAAUGCCAUGUUAUGAUCAUAUAUAUAUAUUUAUAUGUACCCUAUCACACAUUAAUCACGUACUCAUAUUUAUCAUGUAAGACCAACUAACCAUGUCAUACGACUGACUUUUGGGUGAUUCAGGGGCCAAGACGUUUUGUUUAUCAGCUAUGUCCAGGUUGACUUGACUUUUUAUCAAACUGUUGAACAUGUAAUUCAGUGUCUGAAUACACUGCUACAUGUAAUAUCUUUUUUUCUACCUCACUAAUCAAAACCCUGUAAAAUAAAUGUACAACUGUUCCUCAUUGACAAGACCUUUCAUGUACAUCUGUUCCUCAUCGACAAGACUAUGUUCAACUGUUCCUCAUUGACAAGACCUUUUAUGUACAACUGUUCCUCAUUGACAAGACCUUUGAUGUACAACUGUUCCUCAUUGACAAACCUUUCAUGUACAUCUUAUCCUCAUCGACAAGACCUUUUAUGUUCAACUGUUCCUCAUUGACAAGACCUUUUAUGUACAACUGUUCCUCAUUGACAAGACCUUUGAUGUACAACUGUUCCUCAUUGACAAGACCUUCAUACACUAUCACUAAACCUGACAAGAUUUUUCCUGCACCUAAGACCUCUCAUAAUUGUAAUCAUCCCCAUCACCAUGUACUAAUAUAUAGGGCUUAUA